AUGACAGAUAGAUUGGUGCCUUAUGAUAGAAAUGCAAGUGUUGAGGUGCAAUUUUCCCAUGCAUUAGAACAAUUUCAGUUGCACAAGGCAGAUGCAUCAGUGCUGCCAUUUGAUUGUAUACUGACUUUUAAAAGUGUUGCUGCCACUCAAGCAUUAGCUUUGGGUGCUCAAUUGGAAGAAAAUGAUUCUGACAAGGACAUGAGAGAACAAUUUGAUAACUGGAGUUUAGAAACCAAAUUAUGGAAUCUUGUUGAAGAUUUAUAUGCCUUGAGGUUGGAAACACCAGAAGACUUUGAAGCCCAUGAUUAUUCUUCAGUUUUAGCCAAACAAAAACAUAUUUUAUCUUCCCAUCCAAAAUUAAAAGAAUUGUUAAUGAUAAUAACCUGGAUUCAAAGAAAUUCAGACCUGAUUAGUUAUGAAUCGGAUCCACAGUAUAAAUGGAAUAAUACCAGAGUUGGUGUGACAAAUUCUGAUCUUAGUGAAUUGACAGCUCUGGAAUCCCUGGGACCAAAAUUAGUUACCAGCUUAGAUGUUGAUGCACCUUUGAGAACAAAUUUAUCAAUUGAUCCAAAAGAUGAAGCUAUUGAUCUGGAAAACUGUGCAAUCAUCUACAGACUUCUUUUGAAUGGUAAAAUCCAGGAGGCAAUUGAUCAUGCAAAUAAUACAGAAAAUUUUGCCCUCGCAUUGAUAUUAGUUGGUGGAGGACAGCCAUAUCAAGAUCCUGUAUUGGAUGGAAAUUCUGAUGAAAUCACAUCCGCUGGUGGUCUCAAACAUAAGUUAUUAUGGAAAGAAACCAUUUAUAAGUUGUCUCAAAAACCAGGAUUGAAUGCCUAUGAAAAAUUGAUUUAUAACUAUUUAAGUGGUGGUAAUAUCACUGAAAAUUUGGAAGCUGCAAAGCGUUCUUGGGAAGACUCUUUAUUAUUAUAUGCAUAUCAAUUAUUCUCCUACAAAUUGGAUUCAAUCGUACUAGAAAAUACCACCGAAUCUUUAUCAAUCACAAUCCCAAAACCACAAGCAGAUUCCGUCGACCAAAUAUUAAAUAAUUUAUCCAAUGCUGGUACUGAAGUGUCACAGCAAAGUCUAAAUCCAUUAAGAAUAAUCAGUGGGGCCGUCAUGAUUGAUCAAGUGGAAAAGUUGAUUGAAAAUUUCAAGUAUGAUACCUCCGCUAAUGAAAAUGUUCUUCGUAUUUUGGUGCACUUAUCUAUUUUUCUAGCCUUGGUUCGUCCUUUGAAAAACCGCGAUGACUUUACUAAUAUUAUAAGGCUUUAUAUUUCAAGACUUAUGGAAACAGGAAAUUCGGAACUAAUUCCAGUGUAUUUGUCUUUUAUUCCGGAUGAAAAAGAUGCUAGAGAAACCUAUUCAGUUAUUCUUUCCUCUAUAACCGAUAAGGAAGAGAGAAUAAAACAGUUACAAGCCGCACGUAGUGUUACACAAGAAGUGUUUAAUUAUCAUGACGAGGAUAUGAUUAUUGUUGCCGAGGAUGAUAAAUUGGUGAACGUAUUAAGACGAACUGUGGAAAGAGUGAUGACUGAAACUGAAGAUUACUACAGACCACAGGAAGGUGUCGAUACAACUAUUUCUUUACAAGACGCUGGCUCAACUGUUGACGAAACAGAUUUUAAACUAUACCGUGCAGUUGAAUGGUUUUAUGAAAAUCAUAUGUGGGCAGAUGCUAUAAAGGCUACCAUUGUUGUUAUUCGUCGAUUUUUGGUCAAUGGAAAACUAUCCAGUUUGAAACAAUUUGCGGCAGGCAAUAACUUCAAGCAAUUGAUUACUGAUUACAAUGUGGAUAAUGUAAGUAAAAACGAAAAAGAUGACAUUACUGAAGAAAAUAAGGAAGAACUAUUAGAAUAUUAUAAUUUUGUUGAAGGGUUAAACUUGAUAGACCAAUGGAAAUCAUUCCCUGCUGACAAUGAUGCCUAUAGAGCUAGUAAUGUUGACCUGUCGUUAGACAAGACUAGUAAAAUCUUAUCAGAUAUCGUACAGAAAUGGGUAGUAGGUUUAAGUGAUCCAGUAUUCAAAGACUUUAGAGCAUUAUACAUCCCAUAUGUUAUUAUGGAGUUGAUUACCAUCUAUCAAAAUGCUCGUCUGAAGAAUUGGAAAUAUAUAGACAAAGCAUAUGAGUUGAUAAAUGAAGUUGCUGAUGAGCUGCUGAAUGACUUUUUAACUUGUUUCCAAAAGAGUGGUCGCUUGAAUGAAUUUUUGGUCAGAUGCGGUGAAUUAUCUAUUGUAUCUAGUGAACGUGGUAUACAAGGUAUAUUUAAGUCCCACUAA